AACUUCCAAACCUUUAGAGAACGUUGUCUGGACCGAAUAGUUAUUUGACUUUGGUGGAUUUUUCUGCAUACAUCAUUUUCUCUAAGUGCAUGGUAUUGUAUAUUGAACUAUUUAAUUACGAGAAAGUACAUGUGUAGAUGCUUCGUCAUGGUAUAUACAUGUAAUAGGUUGUUAUGGGUAAAGUGGUCAUUGUGCUGGAUUCCGGAUUUUUUUUUUUUUUUAUAUUUGUCCGGGAUUGGUUUUGUUUUGUAUGUUACAAAAAGCUCCCAGCACGUUCACGGCAUGGUACCCGUACUCAUGCAUUUUGACUUCCAACUUUCCACAACUUCAUGGCACCAAAGUUAUUUUACCCUCCCUGGAGGUUGUCUCUCUGCCAUUAAAAGUAAAGAAACAUACAUCGUCUUUCUUGUGACAGAAUAGUAAAAUAACUUCGACAUGGCUAUGGAACGGGAAAGGAAACUCACAGAGGCUGGAGCCGAGUUGUUCAUGGACAGAUGCAGGAAAUAUGAUCGGGAAAUAAAACAUAUUCAAAAGGAAAUUGAUGUCCUAAUAUCCACUCUUCAGGAAUAUCCAGAAAUAUCGGAUGCAGAGAUGGUACAUAAGCAGAUAAAACAAGCUAGUGGUGAUUUUAAAAGACUUUCAGAUCAUUAUGUUGACUUUCUUGUAAAACACAGAUCAGUUGAAAGCGAAACAGAAAGGAUUUCACAUUUGAAAUUAAGAGAUAAUGUAACGAGGGCUGUUACCGAGGUUCUCACUCAACGCACACAAGUUGCAACAAAAGAUCCUAGCUGUGACAGACAAAGCGUUAAAUCUGGAUCAGGCCGAUCAAUCCUUUCAUCUACUCAGUCUGCGAUUAUUCAGAAAAGAGCUGCACUUGAGGCUGCGAAAGUGAAAAUGAAAUACGUCGAGAAACAAGCUGCCAUUAUGACCCAAAAGGCAGCAUUGGAAGCGGAAAUCAGUCUACUUGAAAUCCAACAAGAAACCGAAGCCUUACAAUCAGCACUGAAUGUGAUGGAAAAUGCAGAACAGUUAGAUGAUAUAGAAACAGAAUCUAUUACUGAAGCUCGACAAGCAAGGACAAGUGAAUUUAUUCAACAACAUUUUGUGAAUUCCACUAACACUUCUGUUCAGCCACCUGUGCAAGCAAUUACAAGUACUUUGACAUCCGCUGUGCAACCGCCUGUACAGUCCACUGAUAGCACGUUCACAUCAGCUGUGCGACCUCGUGUGCAAUUCACUGAUAGUGCAUUCACGUCAACUGUGCAAACAUCUAUGCAGUCUAGUGAAACAUUUGUUCCUUUAUCGACAUUGGCAAAUUUAUGUUCCACACCUAUGAAUGAAAAUUGGCGUACAGCAUAUCAACCAACGCAAACCAUGGUACACUCUAGUCCCUUGCUUGCAACUUCAUCACAAACAAGUCAUGUGUAUGAUUUGCCGCCACCCUUUGCGCCGCGUUCAGACGUACUAUCUCAGCCGAAUCAUCUAUUGAAUACUGAAGCGCCAACCUUUGUGCCACAUUCGAGCAUACUGCCUCAGCCGAAUCACUUAUUAAAUACUGAAGUGCCAACCUUUAUGCCGCGUUCGGGUAUACUAUCUCAGGCAAAUUCUAUAGUGACUACUCAAACGCCUACCUUUGUGCCAUAUUCGAGUUUACCGUCUCAGCCAAAUCCGGUGACUACUCAAACCUCAGGAUCACAAUACGGUAAUCGCUACACAUCAGUCAAUAUGAUGCCACAUGUAGACAAUUCGCAGGUUGAACUUUGUCAGAUAAUGACUAGGAUGAUGGCCAGAAAAGAUGUAGUGCUUUCACGUCUCAUUAAAUACAAUGAUAGUCCCAUCCAAUAUUUGUCUUGGAAACAAACAUUUAAAGCUGUAAUGUUAGAACUUGCAGUUACACCAUCAGAGGAACUGGAUCUCAUGAUCAAAUGGCUGGGUCCAGAUUCAUCCAGGCAGGCUGAAUGCAUAAAAACGGCCAGUGCAGGAAAUCACGUGGAUGCAUUACACAAAUUGUGGGAUAGACUUGACAUUCGGUAUGGCAGUCCUGAAUUGAUAGAAGCGUGCUUACGAAACAAACUUACGAACUUCCCAAAGCUUUCAAACACUCCGGCUGACAGCAAACGACUUUAUGAUUUGUACGACCUCUUGAGUGAAAUUCAGUGUGUCAAGGCCAACCCGCUCUAUUCUUCAGUGCUUGCAAUGUAUGAUUCAUCCACAGGAGUAAACCAAAUAGUAUCUCGCUUGCCGACCAAUCUACAAGAAAAGUGGUCAUCUCGCGCCAAUACUUACAAAAAUCAACAUGGAAUGCUAUUUCCUCCGUUCAGUUAUUUUGUCAACUUCAUCUACGACAUGGCAAAAUGGCGCACUGACCCGAGUUUUCAGUACAACACUAGCACACUAUCUUCUCAGAAACAGUCAGCAAAUAAUCAACCCCAAAUUCGCGUGAACGCAAGGAAAACGGAACUUUCUACAAACUCUACAGCUGAGGACAAAUUGAUGUUCCCCGUGCACAACACAAACCACAAUUUGAAUCAGUGCAGGACUUUCCGUCAGAAACCCAUGAAAGAGCGAAUGGAGAUUCUAAAGAAAAACAAACUUUGUUUCCGUUGCUGCAGUUUGAAACGACACACCAAGAACAAAUGCCAAGAGACUAUCCGAUGUGAUGUUUGUAAUCAGACAAGUCACCCGACUGGACUUCAUGUAUUGCGUGUUCAAAAUGUACAGCAACCCUCUCAUAACAAGGAUGAGAAUCUUACAGAAGAUGACAAUCGGCAUGGAGGGGAGUCACGGACCGGUGUUAAUACAAAAUGUACACAGGUUUGUGGGACUGACAAAAUUUGUAGCAAGUCAUGCGCAAAAAUUCUACAAGUGUAUGUCUACAAUGAGGACCAACCCAUGCAGGCUCGCAAGGUCUACGCAUUGAUCGACGAUCAAAGCAAUUACUCCCUUGGAAAACCGGAACUGUUUGACAACUUUGAUGAUCAUUCGGAACACAUAAACUUCACUUUAUCAACCUGUUCAGGGAAAGUUUCCGCGACUGGCAGAAAAGGCAACAAUUAUGUUGUUGAGUCCGCAGAUCAUAGUGUCAGGAUUAAGAUUCCGUCUCUUAUCGAGUGUUCAGACAUUCCCGAUAAUAGACAUGAAAUACCUUCUCCGGAAGUAGUGAAAAACUUUCCUCAUCUUUGUGAUUUGGUAUCGUACAUACCACCAGUUGAUGACAGUGUACACAUAGAACUCUUGAUAGGUCGUGACGUUAUACAAGCACACCAUGUUGUGGAUCAGAGGUUAGGCGGUGAUAACUUACCCUACGCUCACAAAUUACCUCUUGGUUGGGUUGUGGUUGGUGAAUCUUGUAUUGGAGCUCUCCAUGGACGUGAAUCUGUUCAAACAAUCACAGUUAGCAAAACUCACAUUCUUGCUAAUGGUAGAGCAACCUAUCUGGAACCAUGUGUUAACACGUUAACCAUCAAAGAAAACUCGAUCUUCGAGAAAACGCCACAGGAUGAGAGGCUUGGUCCAUCAGUGGAAGACGAGCUUUUUAUAAGUCUCAUGGAAAGUAAGGUUACGAAGGACUGUGAUGAUCGCUGGACUGCACCACUUCCCUUUCGCGAAAAUAGAAAGCUGUUGCCUAACAACAGAACUCAAGCCUUGCAGCGUGUUAAAUCAUUAGACCGUUCACUCCAGAAAGAUGAAGUCAAGAAGAAACACGUUGUUGAAUUCAUGGGAAAAAUGUUCGAAAACGGUCAUGCUGAGGUAGCACCACCUUUGCCAACACUUAGUGAACAAUGGUACCUACCGUUUUUCGGAAUUUAUCAUCCCAAGAAACCUGGAAAAGUUAGAGUCGUCUUCGAUUCGUCAGCAGUGUUCAGGGGAACGUCUUUGAAUGACGUAUUAAUGAAAGGACCGGAUUUAACCAAUAAUUUAUUGGGAGUACUAGUACAACAGGAAGUUUAUGGUGAUGAAAUCAAUUCUUUGCAAACUGGACGUUCUUUGUCAAACAAAUCCAAAAUUCUUCCUCUUGCUCCUGUACAAGAUGAAAAUGGCAUUCUCAGAGUUGGAGGACGAUUGAAACAUGGAAAGGCUAUUUCCAUCAACACUCAGCCUGUGAUCAUUCCCCGAGACCAUCACAUUGCUAUCCUCUUAGUGCGACAUUUUCAUGGUAAAAUUCAUCACCAGGGCAGACACAUGACAGAGGGAGCUCUCCGUGCAUCGGGCUAUUGGGUGAUUGGCGGUAAGAGACUUGUGUCCUCUAUUAUUCGUCAUUGUGUGACUUGUCGAAAGUGUCGUGGACAAUUUCUAUUUCAAAAGAUGUCAGAUCUUCCGGAGGACAGAUUAUCUCCUGGACCACCUUUCACCUUUGUUGGUCUUGAUACAUUUGGACCAUGGUCAGUUCUCCAGCGUAAGACUCGAGGUGGAUCAGCUCAGCAAAAGAGAUGGGCAAUUUUAUUCACUUGCUUAGUUUCAAGAGCAGUUCACUUGGAAGUAGUAGAUGAGAUGAGCAGUGCAGCAUUCAUCAAUGCCUACCGCCGUUUUGUAGCAAUUCGUGGACCCAUAAAACUAUUGCGAUCAGAUAGGGGCACUAACUUUGUGGGUGCAAUUCAGGACUUGGGCAUUGAAGCAGAAUUUGUUGAGGAUGGAAGAAUCGCAAAAACUCUAGAAACCUAUGGAACUUCCUGGAAGUUUAAUCCUCCUCAUUCCUCUCACUUUGGAGGCUCAUGGGAGCGUAUGAUAGGGACCUGUAGGAGGAUUCUGGAUAACAUGCUCAUGCAAGAUAGGAAUAAACUAACUCAUGAUUCAUUAGUGACCUUGAUGGCUGAAGUUUCAGCGAUAGUGAAUUCUCGUCCGUUGCUGCCCAUUUCAACAGAUCCAGAAAACCCAGAAAUUCUGUCUCCCUCAGUGUUGUUGACUCACAAGAAAGGUCAAAACGAUACAUGCCCGUUUCCACAGUUUGGGACCAAGGAUAUGUUACGUAGUCAAUGGAAACUGGUUCAGGGUCUAGCAGAUGAAUUUUGGUCGAAAUGGACGAAAGAGUAUAUCUCAUCUCUUCAAGUCAGGAGAAAGUGGAAGCAGCCAGAAGUGAACUUGAAUGUCGGUGAUAUUGUUCUUGUAAAAGAGAAGGAUUUUCAUAGAUCCAUGUGGCCUAUGGCAAUAGUGACGAAACUUUUUCCAAGUGACGAUUUCCUUGUCAGGAAAGUGGAAAUCAAACUCUAUAAGGAAAACAAGAUUUGUGUGUUCGUUCGACCCGUAGUCGAUCUUGUCCUGUUGGUAUCUUCAGAUGAUUAGUGACUCAAUUUUCAUGGAUAAUGACUGAUAUUUGAUUUUAUGUAUUAUGUAUGUAUGAUUUUGCUAGUUUAGCAUAUUGAAUUUGAUGUAGUGAUUUUUUUAUAAAAAUCAGGAGGGGAGUGUGCUGGAUUCCGGAUUUUUUUUUUUUUAUAUUUGUCCGGGAUUGGUUUUGUUUUGUAUGUUACAAAAAGCUCCCAGCACGUUCACGGCAUGGUACCCGUACUCAUGCAUUUUGACUUCCAACUUUCCACAACUUCAUGGCACCAAAGUUAUUUUACCCUCCCUGGAGGUUGUCUCUCUGCCAUUAAAAGUAAAGAAACAUA